GUUUGGUGCCAGCAACCAGACCGAGCAAUCUCCGAUUCCAGCAGCAUCGCAGAGCAUCCUCAUCUUCCAGACCUCCAAAAUCUGCAUCAUCUGCUUCUGAUUCCUCCCAUGGCUGUGACCGGCAUGUUCAGCCUUUGGGCCGUGGUGCCAUUGGUCUGGGCCGCCAGGCUUCAGGAGACCUCCCAGGCACGCGCGGGCCGUUGUUGCUGUCGGCGAGUGCCAGAUGAACUUGGUGUCGAUGUUCUAACUUGCCAGCACUUUGACCGGAAGGACCUCAGCUUCGCGGGCUUGGCCUGCCCUGGCGAUUGGCUUGGCUCCGAGGGCUUUCUGCCGAAGGGCGCGGCCACGGAGCACUGCCACCUCUCCUGGCGCUUGGGCGCCGCGCCCGCGCGCGUGGCCGGCCCCACUGCGCGGUGUACGGACGGCCAAACGGUGGACGUGCGAACCAAGCAGAAUGGGCGGAUGAAGGGGGCCGUGCUGAACACGAAGAACCUCUACGUGGCGAGCUUUUGGUCGGUGCCCUAUGCCGCGGGGGCGGGCAGGUGGUCGCAUGCGCGGCCCCUGGAAGCUUUCCCGGAUCCACAGGCGCCAGCAGCUGACCAUUGCUCUGAGAAAUUUCUACAGCAGCUGCGCCCAGAAGCCGCACAGCAUGGCAGCCAUUGCUUCCAAUGGCUACCAGCCCUUGGACGCUUCGGGGUAGAGAGCUGCCUCACCUUGGAUGUGUACACGCCUGCAGUGGUCAAAGUGCCAGGUGACAAAGCACCACACCGCAUCGUUGAGAAUGCGCGAUUGCCGGUGAUGGUUUUCAUCGAAGGUGGUGGCUUUUUGGUCGGGGACAAGUACCAGCAAGGCAUCUAUGAUGGCCGGAAGCUGGUUGAUAAGCAAGACGUGGUCUUGGUGAGCAUCAACUACAGGCUUGGUGUGCUUGGCUUCCUUCAUCAUCCCUACCUCCGGGACGAGGAGAAUCAUCUCAUGAAUUUCGGCCUGCGCGACCAGCUGGUAGCGCUUCGUUGGGUCCACGAGAACAUCGCGGCCUUUGGUGGAGACCCGAAGCGCGUGACGUUGGUGGGCGAGUCGGCCGGCGCGAUGUCCAUCUGCGCUCACCUGGCCUCCCCGGCUGCUCGUCCCUUCUUCUCCAACGUGAUCAUGGAAUCAACGAACUGUGACGGCUUCUUUAUUUGGCAACCGCAGAAGUUUGCGCAGGACUGGGGCAUGCGCUACAUCCGGGGCGUCUUCGGACGGAUCCGGGCAUGCCACGCUUUGACCCAGCAGAGCCUGAAGGUCUACAAGGAGAGCCAGAAUGACUGCAGCAGCACAGACACCGCACCCAUUCGAACAGUCUAUGAACGGUGCAGCGAGUUCUUCUUCUCCACCCCCGACGAGCACAACUUCACGGCCUUCGUCGAGAUGCUUCCUUUGGAGUGGAUUGGAGGCUGCGACGGCCGGUACCGGGGCUGUGAGGAGCUGCCGCCGCUGCCGUCGCGUCUGCCGCUGGACGACGCCCUCCUGCGCUGCGCGCGCCGAUUGGAUGCUGGACACGUCUGGGUGAAUCAAUUUGGCAUCACACAUCGCCACAAGUUGGAGAGCGCUGGGUACCUGGAGCGGUUGAUGGGCAUGGACUUCACGGGCAUGCCGCUGCCGCCGCAUUUGCCCUGGGCGCCGGUGGUGGAUCCCACAGGGCCCGUGAGCUUGCACUAUGGUACCGGUGGUGGACUUCUGACGCUCCCGCAUCGAGCGCUCUCAGAGGAUCCAAGCAUGUUGGACCUGGGAAGUAUCACUGCUGGCUUCAACCGCGAUGAAGGCACCUUAUUCUCGCUCUUGGUGCCGCAUUUCCUGGGAUAUGUGCCACGAUUCAGCAGCACAGGCAUGGUUGAUGAGGUCUACAAUGACAUUUUGACUCAGAUGGCUUGCCCAGACUAUGGACCUGCUUGCGCCAAAGAAGGGUGUCAGGCUGAUCCCGACUGUGCAGAUCGGCUGGCCCAAGUCAGGAACGAAUACGAGUGGGAGAAGAAGCCCUCCCUCGCUCGUGGGGGAUGCUGCUCCAAGGAUCACAACACCAUGCGCUUGCAACGGAUCUUGACGGACUACUUGUUUGUUUGCCCCACCCUGCGGUUUCUGAAGACCAUGGAGCGACGCAGUAGCAACUCCUCCUUCCGAAUCUACGAGUUUGAAGCGGAUGACGAGCUUCCCAGCCUGAUGCCCGACUUGAAGAACACGUUGGGUGCCUUCCACGUCAGCGAACUCUUUUUCGUCUUCGGCAACGAGGAGGGCCCUGGUGGGAAUUUGCCCAUGCAGGGCGGAGCCUUUGGCCUUGGCUUGGGCUUCACCAAGCAGGAUGUGGUGAUCUCCAAGAAGAUGGCCGACAGUUGGGGUGCGUUGGUGCGCCAUGAGGAGGUGCCACACUGGCCCAACUUGACCACCAACCAAGUGCUGCGCUUUGUGCUGGAUGUCCCCGGCAAUGUGGAUUAUAUCUCCUUGGAUGUGGUCCGCAAGAUUCACCAUUGCAAGUUCUUCGACCAACUGCACCUGAAGAUGUUGGGGGAUCUUCAAUGACGCACCGUAUCCGCUGUUUCGCAGACCUUGAAGGCCUUGUGAGUAGUCUUAGCUGCAGAGUGUCUCCGCUCUGCUUAGUCAGCCGUGAGGGAGGCUGCUGCAGGGUUUAGCCAGGAGUUUUCUGGACCAAAUUAAAUUUUGAGAACACUUCAUUCCGAGGCUUUACGUGAGUAGCUGAGAGAGGUUCGGCUUGGUUUGCAGAUGGUUUUCAGCGUCUCUUGUUCAUAAACCAAUAGUACAGGGACUUCGGCAAAAAUCAUCCUCCUGUCAGCACCAUGGUUUAAUCCAAACUCUUGGUGUGUACUGGUCAAAUGACACUCGAAGACUAACCUGGAAAAUCUCCUUGGUUGACUGUUAUCAUGG